AUGGUGUUCCGCAACGUGGGUCGGCCGCCGGAGGAGGAGGACCCGGAGGCGGCCCCGGAGCCCGGACCCUCGGAACUGCUGUGCCCCCGGCACCGCUGUGCUCUGGACCCUAAGGCCCUGCCGUCGGGGCUGGCGCUCGAGCGGACCUGGGGCCCGGCGGCUGGACUAGAGGCACAGUUGGCAGCUCUGGGGCUCGGGCAGCCGGCAGGGCCGGGGAUCAAGAUGGUCGGUGCGGGUUGCUGCCCGUGCCCAUGUCCCCCGCAGCCGCCCCCUCCGCAGCCCCAGCCGCCUGCUGCCGCCCCGCAGGCCGGGGAGGACCCCACGGAAACAAGCGACGCGCUGUUGGUCUUGGAGGGCUUGGAAUCCGAGGCCGAGAGCCUGGAGACUAACAGCUGCUCGGAAGAGGAGCUCAGCAGCCCGGGCCGCGGAGGAGGAGGGGGCGGCCGGCUUCUGCUGCAGCCCCCAGGCCCCGAAUUACCCUCAGUACCCUUCCCGCUGCAGGACUUGGUCCCUCCAGGGCGGUUGAGUAGAGGAGAGCAGCAGCAGCAACCUCUCCCGCCCCCGCCGCCUCCUGGGCCCCUCCGGCCACUCGCGGGUCCUCCUCGGAAGGGCUCCCUCAAAAUCCGUCUCAGUCGCCUCUUUCGCACGAAGAGCUGCAACAGUGGAUCUGGCGGUGGUGAUGGGACCGGCAAGAGGCCUUCUGGAGAGCUGGCUGCUUCAGCUGCGAGCCUGACAGACAUGGGUGGCUCGGCGGGUCGGGAGCUGGACGCGGGGAGGAAACCCAGGUUGACAAGAACUCAAAGUGCCUUUUCUCCGGUCUCCUUCAGCCCCCUGUUCACAGGUGAAACGGUGUCGCUUGUGGACGUGGACAUCUCUCAGCGGGGCCUGACCUCUCCACAUCCUCCAACUCCCCCUCCUCCUCCAAGAAGAAGCCUCAGCCUCCUAGAUGAUAUCAGUGGGACGCUGCCUACAUCUGUCCUUGUGGCUCCGAUGGGGUCUUCCCUGCAGUCCUUCCCACUACCUCCGCCUCCUCCACCCCAUGCCCCAGAUGCAUUUCCCCGGGUUGCUCCCAUCCGAGCAGCUGAAUCCCUGCACAGCCAGCCCCCCCAGCACCUCCAAUGUCCCCUCUACCGGCCUGACUCGAGCAGCUUUGCAGCCAGCCUUCGAGAAUUGGAGAAGUGUGGUUGGUAUUGGGGGCCAAUGAACUGGGAAGAUGCUGAGAUGAAGUUGAAAGGGAAGCCAGAUGGUUCUUUCCUGGUACGAGACAGCUCUGAUCCUCGUUAUAUCCUGAGCCUCAGUUUCCGAUCACAGGGUAUCACUCACCACACUAGAAUGGAGCACUACAGAGGAACCUUCAGCCUGUGGUGCCACCCUAAGUUUGAGGAUCGCUGUCAAUCAGUGGUAGAGUUCAUUAAGAGGGCCAUCAUGCACUCCAAGAAUGGGAAGUUUCUCUAUUUCUUGAGAUCCAGGGUUCCAGGACUGCCACCAACUCCAGUCCAGCUGCUCUAUCCAGUGUCCCGAUUCAGCAAUGUCAAGUCCCUCCAGCACCUUUGCAGAUUCCGGAUCCGACAGCUCGUCCGGAUAGAUCACAUCCCGGAUCUCCCACUGCCUAAACCUCUGAUCACUUACAUCCGGAAGUUCUACUACUAUGAUCCUCAGGAAGAGGUAUACCUGUCUCUAAAGGAAGCGCAGCUAAUUUCCAAACAGAAGCAAGAGGUGGAGCCCUCCACGUAGCUAGGGGCCCCCUGCUGGUCGACACCAAGGGCAUUUGGUUACCAAGCUCCAGUUUUGAAGAGCCGAAUGAAGGUGCCAUGAAAAGAGGAGCGAGGAAAAACAAGAGGGAAUAGGAAGGGUCAGGAUUCUCUGUGCAAAGACUUUGGUUCCCCAACACGGCCCUGGGGCUCGGAAGAAGCACACAACCAUGUUCUCUGAGCAGGGGCUUCACCUUUCACAUCCAGCCCCUGUGGUAUCCUGAAACUGGAUGAGCUCCUUAGAAAACUGGAAGAAGUCUCAACACUGUUUCUUUUUCAGAAUUUUUAUUUUUGAUAUUUCUAUUUCUUGAUAUGGAAAACUCAUCUUAAAGGCAGCUGGGGUUUGUGCCCAUUGGAUUGGAAGUGAUGUGAAAGAUGAGCAGGUCCGAAGGAGGGAAGGGGAGGAGAGGGGACUGCCAGUUACCAUCAUUCAGCUGGUGCCAAAGGCAGAGUUAGCAUCUUCACCAAGACCUUGACAGAGGGAGGAAGGGGUCAGAGAAGUGCAAAACAAAAUGGGGAGUUUCCGAGGGAAUGAGAAUCUGCUUCUGCGUAUAUAGCUUCAGCAGCAGUAGGAAAGAAAGGAGGGUGGGUAGUCUCGAAUAGACGAUUAUUGGACAAAAUCUGGCAGAUGGCCUUUGCUAGGGGAAGUAGUGACUCCACAUCCUUUCCUUUUAAAGUUUAGGAACCUAAUUUCAGAAUCACCUCUAUAGAAGCUGUAUUUGUUUUGUUUUACUUAAUUCCUCAGCUCUGUGACCUCACAUUAGCCCUGUUCUUUCCCUGCCUCCAAUCCAUCCCCCUUCGUGAUUUCAUCCCUAUGGUUUCCGCCAGCUGUCAAGGCAGUCGUUUUUUCUCAUCACCAGAGCAGUUCAGAGCUCCAAUCAUGGGCUGCUAAGGUUAAUAGAGCAUGCCUGCAGAUUCUUAAUGGCAAAUCGUACCCACAGCUUAGGAGUCAGUGUUACCUCCAUCUGUUUGUCAGCUAGCGAGAGAAUAUGGAGGAAGGUGAAAAAUGAAGCUAUUGUAGUUGUUCUGUUCCUAGAGAAAGCUCUCCUUCAGUGUCCCAGCCUUAAUGGGAUUUCUUCAGCUCAGAGGAGGAAAGCAUUACAUUGCAUGCUUUUAGGUUUAUCACUGUCGUCCCACUUCUGGGACAGGAGGUAGCAAGGGCGUCUUUAUUUUCCUCAGUGAUCUUUUUAGCAACCGAGACAUUUCCUGAGUCAGAGUCUGUUUGGCCUUCAUGCGUUGGGAAAUCUGUCAGAUGCUGAUUUGGAAGUAGUCUGUCUUCCAGAAAGAAGUGGAAGAGGAGAAAGGAAAGCUCCCAUGCUUUUCAGUGGUCUUUAAUUUUUUUCUGAAGUGGGCCAUUGCCAAACCAUAUAACAUUUUGAGUUUUGCUUUCCCACAGAGUUACUCGUGGGAGAGGUUUGCCAUUGAGAUGUGAUAAUGGAACUGUUUGGUGUUUAUUACUCUUCUGUGGUAGCUGUUCUGUGAGACUGCCUCUUUUGGUUCCCCUCUGCUUAUAUCUGCCUCAUCUCACAAGAUAAAUAAUAAUGUCGGGUUUGUGGUUUCCUGAUGGUUUGGGGUGAGGCCCCAGUGUCUUUGUAAUUACAGGACUGCUUCAUCUGGAAAGCAUUGACCUUUUGCCUUCUGUCCUGUGUGGAAUGACCAACCUUCAGUCUUUGCAGCUGAACAGGGAGGAAAGCUGCAUCAUGACCUAGCUGUAAAGAUGUGCCCCACAAGAUGAGCUUUGCAGCAUCCGCAGUCCCCCUCUGAUUUGUCAUGCAUACCUCUUUCCUUGGCUUCCAUGGUAGCAUUAGCCACCUGUUAAGAUUGUGAUCCCGGAAAUUGGCUUAAUUUGUAAGUCUCGCCUCUUGAGGAUGCAGAUAACUUACCAUCUUUCAGAAAGUGCCACCCCACUGUGCAGCCUGAAGUUGUGAAUCCAUUGAGAUCCUUUAGGGGCUGAUAAUGUACCUACCUGAGAUCUUUUUUUUCCCAUUUCAGCCACUCAUUUAUUAUUACUACUAUUUUUUAGUGUAUGGUGUUUGCCUGGUUCUGGGCUAGACACAGUGGAAAAUACGAGAGGUAGAAGACAUGAUCUUUGGCCUAAGGGAGCUUUGAGGUGGCUGCCACACAUGCAGCAAUUGGAGAAUGACUCAAGACAGACAGAAUCAAGGGCUGUCUUAGAGAAGUUCAGAGUGAGUAAGAUCAGGGUAGACCAGAUAUUCUGAGAAGGCUUUGUUGUGAUGCGAUUUUGUUUGGGUCUUGAAGGGUGGAUAGCAUUUGGGUAGGUAGGCCAGGCCAUGGUAGUAAGGUGAGAAAUACAUGAACAAUAGCAUGGCAGCAGAAAUCUGUGUGGCAUGUACUGAACAGUACACAGCCCUAAGUUCAAGCAGCAUUAUUAGAAAACCUGAUCUGGACUGAAAUUUCCUGGUCAUCAGGCAGGUCUGAAUGCAGAGGGGUUAUGAUGGUGAGGUGAACACAAAGCCGAAGUCAGCAGGGUCCUGCCCAUCACCAAGGACCUCAUUGUUCUCAGCGCAGGCUGUGGAGGGAGGCAGAGCCCCUAUACCAUGGUACUGGGGGUUUCAAUUGGAGAAUCCAUCACUCAGGUACAAAACCAAACCAACUAAGGAAGCAUGACCCGCCCUCCCCACCCAGCUUCUUUCUCCUGGAAGGGUAGUGUUUACUUGUGUCCAUACCUGUCUGUUUUAGUCGCAGCCCAGGUUGCAGCUGAAUCAUUCCUCAGUAGAGUGGACUGCCAAUACAGACUAGUGGACCAGGAGAUAGUCUCCAUCCAGCAUCGGGGCUGUGUAUGGGGCCUUGUGUGGAACAAGUUAGGAAAUGGUGAGGAGGAGGAGAUGGUAUGGGGCAGUUGUCUGAAGUGCUGACCUGGUCGAAGAGAGUAAACAGAGCCAAGGGAGGAGAUACAGCUGGGCCAGCAUCCCUCCUCCUGGGCCCGCCCAGCCCUUCCUUUGCCAGUGUUGUGCGGUGCUCAUGGAUACGCAGUCUACAGAGGGGACACGUCCCUUUUUUUGUUGUAUUUUAAAGUUACAAACUGGAAAAAGUUCUCACUUCUAGGGAUCCAUCAUUGAUUUCUUAGUUGUGGGCAGUGAUGCCAGUACCCUCAGGCAGCCUGGAGAGGGGCUGGGCGUAUGUAACCCUCACUUGUUUGUGAUUGAUCUACUGUCACCUUCCUCAGGACAGGCAUGAACCAAUGUGAGCUAGCGACAACUAUUGCUAAACUUGCUAUUACUUGAAAUGCGUGUUCUGUGGUGGGAAGCACAGGAGCAGGGAGGGUGGUAGGGGUUUUGACGUGGGGGUCUAGAUUAGUGGGUGACAACUGGCUCUUAGGGAGUUGGGUGAUUACCUUGGCCUGGUGCCUGCCUGUGCCUAAAUAUAUUGAAUGUAACACUGGAAUGUGAGCCGGGGCCUGCGACACCCCACCCCGGACUUCUGAGAGGAAAAGCUUGGUAGCUUGCCUCUGUGGGUUCUACUUCCUUCUUGCCUACUUUUCACUUGAUUAUGUGAACCCCUUAUGAAGGUUGGGAAUGAUGUGGAGAUGGCUGCAAACACCCCUACAGUCUACAUCCGGGAAGAAUUAUGGGGUGGAGGUGGUUGGAGUUCCCAGAUCCAGGAGAGACUAGAGUAGAGCUAGAAAUGCCCUGGGGAGCCAACCUUUUCAGCCAGGGGUGGAUUAACCGGCAAGCAAGGCAUGGGCUUACAUUAAGCAAGGUAUGCAUGGGCUUACUUAUGUUUACUUACUAAUCAGUAGUGUACAGUUUUCCAUAGGUUUCAUCACAGCUUUGAUGUGAAAAACAGGUAAAAUAGUGCACUACAGAUUAGUAGGUAAGCACAUGUAAGCCUGUGCAUACCUUGCUUACAAGGCUUAUCUGUCCCUGUUUUCAGCCGUCACCCUUGGGCCCGCAGAAGAGCGUGAAGGGCUUGCUUGAAGCCCUCUGGUCCCAGCAGGAAGUGGGGAUAGGAGGAACUUUUUCUUUAGGUUAGAUCUUUUUCUGCUGCCUCUCCUUUAGCUUCUGAGCUCUGUAGUUGGAGAACAAGGCACGGAAUACAGCCCUAUGGCUACUAUAAGGUCUAAAAAUCUGUGUGUGUGUCUGUCUGUCCGUCCAUCUCUCUUCAUGUCUUCAUUUGCAGAAGUCUGGACACCAGUUGGGAUGUUGAGAGCAUCUCCACUGGGAGGAGACCUGAAACUUGUUUUCCACUUUAAAGAGAAUGACAUGCCCCCUGUCCCUAAGGACAUUUUCCCUAUGGGAAUCCUUGGUUUGGUUUGUGGGAAAGGGGGAAAUGGAUAAGUGAUUUUUAUCUCUACUCAUCAACACAGCUGUUCUUACACUGAGUUUGUGCUAUUGCAUACACGUAGCCAUCUUUCUUUUCACUGCAGCAGUGUUUAUCGGUAGUUCAAAAUGAUUUAUUUGCUCCUGGGGAGUAAAACCUUUUUUUAUUAAAAAAAAGAAAAAGGAAAAAAAGAAAUCCCUUCCCCGCUAUGAUAGUUAUAGGAUUAUUGGAUCACAAAGCUCAAGAAGGCAAGCUCAAGUCUGCAAGUCCCCAUGAUAGGUCCUGUUUUGACAUUGGAGCCUUCAUUCUCAGCACAAAACUACAGGAGGCCUUGAGAAAACUGGAGAGCAAAGUCUUGGGAGGUGUGAGAUGGGGUGGGACCUUAGAGACAGAGGCAUGGGGACUAAGGUGCGGCAGUUAGAGUAAUGAAUUGUAUUUAAAAUAUUGAUUUUCUAAUCUGCCAGGGAAAGACCUUUCUUUACAUGCAGAUUUCGUAUUGUCUUUGUCCUUUUCAUUGCUUCUUACCUUCUUGGUAGGCCACCUUUCAUCCUUUUCUCUGUGCCCUUUGCCCCAGCCCUCCCCACUCCUCUCUGCCCUUUGCCCCAGCCCUCCCCACUUCCAUCUACCUCUGGGAAGCCAGUCCUGCAUGCUGAGUUUGUUGACAUGCCUUCAUUCCCAUUUCAUCUUGAUUUAGAGGGUACUGAAACUGCCCCUUUCCCUCCU